UUUCCCCCCUCAAGCGCAAAAGUCAAACUGCACCGAUGUUUUUCAGUCAGUUUCAGUUUUGUCUCACACUCACACGUGUGUCUGUCAUUUGUGACUCAGAACUUUUGUGGGUUUUUUGGUCAGUGAAGAAUUACAAAGGAAAUGUCAAGAAAAUAUCAAGUCACAAGGUAAAACGAGAAGACAAGAGAAGAACCAGAAGAACCAGAAAACCAGAAGAACCAGAAGAACCAGAAGAACCAGAGGAGCAGAGGAUGAAGGCAGCACUUUGUUUUCCAUUGCUGCUGUCUCUGCUCGGCUCACUGGACUCAGAGUCUCCUCCAGUGUCUCUGAAGCUGGAGCCGGACCAGUGCAUCUUUGAGGAGAGGAGCACUGUGAAUCUGAGCUGUGAGGAGUCUGGUCCCAGGUCUGGACUCUGGUCUGGACUCUGGUCUGUGCUCAGAAACACCACAAGAGAAAACCAGACUGUCUGUGGAGAUGUUUGGGGCAGGUGGAAUGGGUCAGCGUGUCGUGUCUCUGCAGUGGCAGCAGAACCGGACAGUGGUGUUUACUGGUGUGAGUCUGCAGACGGACUUUCCUCUCAGCCCGUGAACAUCACUGUCACAGAGCAUCUGAAGCCGAACGUCUCCACAGCCUGUCCUACUCCUACUCCUCCUCCUCCUCCUCCUCCUCCUCCUCUCUCCACCUCCGCCCCAGCCCCUCGUCCGGCUCUGCCCCCCUGGCUGUGGCUCGUCGUGGGCUCGGUCGUCGGGGUGCUCCUGGGUCUGCUCCUGGUUUUCCUGGGUCUCGUGAUUCUUCGGAGCAGAUGGAGAACAGAAGAAGAGCAGCGCGUCCACCCAGACGAGGUCAUGUACAGCGAGCUCCACAUGUCACAUGAUCACAGACCACCAAUCAAACAAGUCCAAGAGUCUGAGCUGAGUCCAAUUUAUUCCGCAGUGAAAACUCAAAGUGUGAGCCGUGUCCCUCCGUCUUAAACCUCUUCCGUUUGUCCUGAACUCGUGGGUUUCUUCUUCCUGUUCAGCGGCGCCAUUUUGAGGACUUUUCCCCCACAGACUCGGUUUUACUGUGUGCACAUGUAAAUAUGUUUGACGUCCUGUGUGUUUGUAAUUUAAGUCGAAUGUAAAACAUUUAUUUUGGUUUGUUCCUGUGAAACACCUUGUGAUGUCAUCAUGUGGUGAUACAGGAAGUGCUCCACUGUGUUUUUAAACUGCACACACCUUCACUAGAAUCAACUGGAUUAUUUCAUUUCAAAUCUGGAACCGACAAUCAAGGAAAUUGUAUAUAUAAACCAGGACUAAACUAAGACUAAACCAGGUCUAAACCAGGUCUAAACCAGGUCUAAAAACCAGGCCAAAACUAGGACUAAAACCAGGACUAAACCAGGACUAAACCAGGACUAAACCAGGUCUAAACCAGGUCUAAAAACCAGGCCAAAACUAGGACUAAAACCAGGACUAAACCAGGACUAAACCAGGACUAAACCAGGACUAAACCAGGUCUAAACCAGGUCUAAACCUGGACUAUGACGGGACAAAGCAGGGACUGAACCAGGACUACAUCAGGUAUAAACCGGGACUAACCUAAGACUAAAUCAGAACUAAACCAGGACUAAAUCAGGACUUAUAAACAUCGAAAUAAAAAACACAAAUAUAAAAACGUGACACGCAAAUCAAUAAAAUAAUUUGUAUAAAUAAACGUGUAUUUGUAAAUAUAUUUGAAAUUAAAUCCGCUGGUCUUUGUUUCUCUUUGGA